GUCAGGAUGCCGUCGAUACAGCGACAGAGGAUUCUCCUGCUCCCGCUUCCAAGGAACCCCGCGAUCAACAUCAGCUUCAAGGAUGUCAGGGUCGAAGUACCUGUGCCCAACUCGAAGAAAGAGAAAAAGUCGGUUCUCAAAUCGAUAUCUGGAAAUUUCAAAUCCGGUGAGCUUUCCGCCAUCAUGGGACCUUCAGGCGCUGGCAAAUCGACACUUCUCAACAUCUUGACGGGUUUUCAAGUCCAGGGUAUGUCCGGAGAGAUUCAGAUGGAUGGUGUGGCGGUUUCCCCUGGAAAAAGUAGUACAAGAUCUCUUAGUUGUUAUAUUAUGCAAGAAGAUCAUCUCAACCCUCUGUUCACCACUCAAGAAAUAAUGAUGGUUGCAGCGAAUCUCAAAGUUGGAUCUUCUCUCUCACCGAAAGCUAAGAAACUUCUGGUUGAAGAUAUCUUAGAUUCAUUAGGAAUGGGCACGACAUUGUAUACUAAGUGCGGACAGCUAUCUGGCGGCCAGAAGAAAAGGCUGUGUAUUGCACUUGAGCUCAUCGAUAACCCACCCAUCAUGUACCUAGACGAACCCACAACGGGUCUCGAUAGCUCUUCCGCAACACAACUUGUCCGGUUGCUUAGAAAUUUAGCAAACGGAGGCAGGAAUAUUGUAUGCACCAUACAUCAGCCAUCGGCCUAUAUAUUCGAACUUUUUGAUCAUGUCUACAUGAUUGCCAGCGGCCAAUGUGUCUACCAAGGAUCUCCUCUUAAUUUGGUUCCAUUCCUGCAAACGAUGGGGAUCCCAUGUCCACAGUACCAUAACCCAGCUGAUUUCAUGCUUGAUGUUGUAUCUGGUGAAUUUGGGCAGUUCAAUGAUCAGUUAGUAAUAGCAGCCAAGGAUCCGUCGUGGAGAGCACCUGAACCGAAGCAAGAUGCAGUUGUUCCAAAACCUAAAGAGAGUGUAGGUGGAAAUACUCAGAAAGCUUGUGUGAUAAUUCAGGCACCAUCGGAAUUUUCAAGAUUUUUUGUUUUAUUCAAGAAAAACUUAGUGUAUCUUCAUAGGGAUUGGACUUUUGUUUACCUCAAGGCUUUUCUUCACCUGUUAGUUGGAAUCGUUGUGGGCUUAAUAUUUCAAAAUGUCGGCCAUGAUGGAGAUAAAGCACAUACAAAUAUAACUUACUUUUUAUGUGUUGCUGUUUAUCACUCGUUCACUUCUCUAAUGCCUGCAGUAUUGAAAUUCCCUUCUGAAAUCAAUAUUCUGAAAAAAGAACAAUUUAAUAAUUGGUACAAGCUGAGAACCUAUUAUAUUGCCUUUAUUUUUACUAAUAUCCCUGUACAAAUGGCCUUUAGCUUUAUUUUUGUCACUACAUCUUAUUACUUGACCAAUCAGCUGUUUGAAGUGACCAGGUUUAUAAAGUUUUCUUUAAUAUGCCAGUUGACUAUAGUGAUAUCGGAAUGUACAGGACUCUCCAUUGGAACUGCAGAGAAUCCUGUGAAUGGAAUAUUCUGGGGGUCCAUCAUAAUGGCACUUCAAAUCGUACUGGGAGGUGUAUUGGCUGUUUUAUCACACAUGCCAUUACCACUUUAUUACGUUUCGUUCCUCAAUUACAUACGUUAUUCUACCCAAGCCUUGGCUAUAACUAUGUAUGGAGGAGACAGAGAGAUACUUCCCUGCCCUAAAGAAGAAUUUUACUGUCAUUUUCGGUAUCCUGAAAAAAUUCUUGAUGAAAUGGGUAUGACAGAUGUCAGUUAUUGGGGAGACGUCAGCAUACUUUCUAUUUUUUCAGUAAUUUUUAUAUGCAAUGCAUACUAUUUCCUUCAUAAAAAAGUAAAAAGUAGGGUAUGAAAUAUUUAAAGAUAUUUCAGAAAACAUUGGUUUCUCUUCGUUCCUGAAAGUAGAGGAAAAGUUUCUACUUUUCUAGGAUUCUGACGAUUGUAAAUAAAAGUGUAAAGUAAAAGUAUAGAUACUAGCACAUUAUUGUACCUACAAGUUUAAUAUAAUUAUGAUAGAAUAUUAUUAGAUUAUUUAACUUUUAGAUUUUAUAUUAUAAAAUGUGAUAUUCUCUUUUUUAGUGAUAUAAGUAAUGUAAUUUUUGUAUAUUUCGUAUUUUUGACAGUAUUUAAGUUUUUCAAACAUGAAAUGACAUCUGUUGAAAUUAAAUAUUAUUCUGAUAACAUAAUCUCUUAUUGAAAAAAAACCUUGAAUUAUUUGAAUUGGAAGAAAUGAACUAUGCUUUUUGUCUAUGUAUAUUUAAUGAAUUGUGUUAAUUUUAAAUAUAACUUUAUCAUAGGUUAAAUUGUAAACUAUAAGAAUUAUUUAGUAAUAACUCAAGACAUGACAAUUAAAUAUAAACUUGUUAAAACUUUUAGGUUUGUUAAGAUUUAUUGAGCGUUUUCUAUUCUACGCAUC